AAAAUACCGUAGUAGAUUCGAUGUAACUUGCAGAAAAGUAGGACAUAAAACGACGUGCUGGAAGCGGGAGUGGGACAAAUUUAGAAAGUCUUCCAGUUUAACAAUGUCGGAACUAGAUUUGUUUCGAGAAUUUCUUAUAGAGCGACUAACAACGGAAGCUUUAGAGAUUUUCGGAGCCGUUGAAAAGACGUUUACCAAGUACGAUGAAAGCGCACGACUACCACGGUUGGACGUUAAACCGGAGAUCAAUCUACACCUAACGGAUGUGCAGCAGCUCUCUGUCCCGGAGCCCCCACAGAUUAAAGAGGAACAGGAGCUGUGGACCAGUCAGGAGGAAGAGCAGCUCCAAGGACUGCAGUCUGAAACUACAGGCUCCAUCUUCGCCCAGGAGUUUUCAAAAGACAGAAUGUCAAAACUACACUUGGUUCUCCAUGAGAAACUAACUACAGCAGGUUUAGAGAUUUUCGUCAAAGUGGAAAAGAAGUUUGCUGAGUACGAAGAAGAAAUUAUGCAACUGCAACGGUUGUUGGACGUUGUUACUCAACCUGAGGUCAAGCUACACAGAAUAGAUGUGCAGCAGCUCUCUCUCCCGGAGCCCCCUCAGAUUAAAGAAGAACAGGACCUGUGGACCAGUCAGGAGGAAGAGCUGCUCCAAGGACUGCAGUCUGAAACUACAGACUCCAUCUUCACUUCUUCCAGUGUGAAACAUGAUUCUGAUCAAAAGGGCUCCUCUGAAUGUUCACAUGUUUUCCAGAUUGUUAAAGUGGACGACAGAGAAGGAGACUCUCUACCCACCAACACAACUGAGGAGCAAAUUAAAGCAGAGCCUCAUGUACAAGACUUUGCAGCACCAGAACCAGACAGUGACUCUCAGCCUCUCUCUGUUGUAGCUCCAGACUGUCCGGCAGCUCAGAGUUUGGAGGAAGAGGAACAUGGAGGAAUGAUGCUUUUACAGAACAGAACACAAAACAAUGAGGCUCGUCCAAGGGACAAUAGACCACAGGGAAGUCACACAGAGAAACCUCAUCAGUGUCAACAAUGUAAGAGACGAUUUGCUGACAAAAGUGCUCUUCUUAAACACAUGAGAACACACUCAGGGGAGAAACCAUAUCAGUGUCAGGAGUGCAGUAAGAUCUUUAGCAGUAAACAUGCUUGGCUUGCCCAUACGAGGACACACACAGGGGAGAAACCAUAUCAGUGUCAGGAAUGUAGUAAGAUGUUUCGCACUAAAACCCAAUUAUUUGUCCAUAUGAGGACACACACAUGUGAGAGACCGUAUCAGUGUCAGGAAUGUAGUAAGAGCUUGAGUAGUAAGCAAAAUUUGAUUCGCCAUUUGAAAACACACACAGGGGAGAGACCAUAUCAGUGUCAGGAAUGUAAUAAGAGCUUUAUCUCAAAACACAAUUUGCUUGCCCAUUUGAAGGCACACACGUGUGAGAAACCAUAUCAGUGUCAGGUAUGUAGUAAGAACUAUAGCAGUAAACACACUCUGCUAGUCCAUAUGUGGACACACACAGGGGAGGGACCAUAUCAGUGUCAGGAAUGUAGUAAGAACUUUAGCAGUAAACAAAAUGUACUUGCCCAUAUGGCAAUACACACAUGUGAGAAACCAUAUCAGUGUCAGGAAUGUAGUGAGGGAUUUAGCAGUAAACACACACUACUAGUCCAUAUGUGGACACACACAGGGGAGAGACCAUAUCAGUGUCAGGAAUGUAGUAAGUUGUUUAACAGUAAACAAAGUCUAUUUGUCCACAUGAGGACACACACAGGGGAGAGACCAUAUCAGUGUCAGGAAUGUAGUAAGAGAUUUAGCUACAAACGUGUUCUCAUUAGGCAUAUGACAACACACACACAACGUUGACAUCUUUCCAUGAAACAAAGACCAUUUUGGGGGAAAGGGCUGCUGCUGAACUGAUGUUGUGUAAACCUAGCGUGUAGGACCUAAACCAACCUUCACCUAAACCUAGGGUGUAGGACCUAAACCAACCUUCACCUAAACCUAGGGUGUAGGACCUAAACCAACCUUCACCUAAACCUAGGGUGUAGGACAUAAACCAACCUCAA